AUGGUGCGCGCGGCCAAGAGACGCAAAAGCAAUUACUCUACAAGUAAUUCCCUGGAUGUGCUCAAUAACACGCAGCCUCGAAGGCACACCACCCACAAUGAGGAGAGGGCGGACAUAUGGGAAAUUGCUACAACACCCCCUUUAGAAACUCGCUCGAUGAAAGGCUAUUCAAUUCGAAACUCGCAGGGCAGGUUUGCGAAAGAAAAGUCCAACGACAAUCAACAUACAUCCGCGUCCUCUCCGGAGCCCGACCAAGAGCAACCCGAGCCGUCUCCCGUGCAUGAUCAAGAACAGUCAGAGCCAUCUACUGAGCCUGACCAAGAGCAACCCAAUUCAAUCCCCGUGAACGAGCCAGAGUUAUAUCCAGAACCCAACGAAGAGCAACCAAAGUCACCCCCCGAGGAUUCUCAAAGCCAGGAGAGUCAGGGUGUAAAGGAGGAGGACGAAUCUCAAGAAGAGUACGAAUCUCAAGAAGAGUACGAAUCUCAAGAAGAGUACGAAUCUCAAGAAGAGUACGAAUCUCAAGAAGAGUACGAAUCUCAAGAAGAGUACGAAUCUCAAGAAGAGUACGGAUCUCAAGAUAGAGAAGAGGAUAAUCAUAAUGACGAGGAAGAGGAAUACCAAGAUGACAGGCAAGCAGAAGGCCAAGACGAAGAGGAAGAGGGAGAGGAAGAGGAAAGUUACGGCAGCACACCUCAGCCAGAAGCCCCCCUGUAUGUCGCUCAAAAAGUGGCAAGGCGGGGCUCACGACAUAGAGAUGUCAGUUCUCCAACUUCCAGUAAUGGAUCAUAUAUGACACUGCCCAUGGCUCGGCCAGGCAGGAGGCGUAGGGGGCCUCGAAUAGUGGAACUGCCAAAUUAUCAGGGCCUUGCCGAGCCAGAUCCCGAUUUGAAAGAAUGGCUGGUGAAAACGGUUCAAAACACCCGUUCGAGUGAAGACUGGAUGGUUUUUUUGGGGCGCGCCUUCGAAUUGACGGACUACGUCCUUGGCCCUAUGCCAACAUCGUUCAAAGAUGCUCUCGAUUUCAUCGUGAGCUGGGGGAAUCUCUACAGGGACCUUGACGAUCUCCCAGCAGACCUGGAAAAGAAAGUCUCCAAUCUCCGCGCUGCUACAUUUACGGAGAUUAAAGCCAUCCUGAACUUCGCAGAGCUAUCGCCCCUCGAAUAUGACCCCGACUUGGCAGGCCAAUUGGUUGUUGAUUUUGAGGGCUAUUUGCUACCUCAUAUGGCCAUCUUGGUCAUUCUGAGCUUUAGGGCGUAUAAUCGGGUCGGCCAAUCAGCCUCCAAGGCCUUUGAAGAUAGCCUUGGGAUUCUGGUUGAUUGCUCAGAACGCAUUGAUGCCCUUCGAGGCUAUGUUUCAUCUGAUCUUAAGCGACAACGGUCCUGGCGCUUGGGAAUCCGGGCAAAACAUUUCAAGCAAGCACUAAAGGCGGGCCAGAUGAGAAUUUUCUUACCUGCGGGCGCACAGAUACUUGAGGCAAUGAAACCUCGAGUGAUGAACGGAUGGACACAGUCUGAAGAAACUUGGUUUCGUGACGCUUGGGAACAGUUUGAAUCAAUAUAUCCAAAUGAGCGCUUUAUAUUAAUCAAGACGAACUUUGCUGAUCAAUUCUUGCGGCAUACUAUGAGUGAUAUGAGGCGCAAGGCUCGCGAGCUUGGCUUGGAAUAG